CCACUUUAGGGUUCAAUCAUUAAAUCCCUAAUUCAAUUUAUCAUCCUCUCUCUUUCGUCUUCUCAAUUUCUGAAUCAAACCCAAACCCAUUCUCGAAAUAGAGUCUUCUCUAAAGUUCAAAAUCUUGGUUAAUUGGGUUCGUCGGAAACGAUGGCGGUGAAUUUGACGGCAGGAGCGAUAACGAAGAUAUUGAAUGGAGAAGUGUCGAGUGAGAUAGAUUUGAUGCCAGUGCUACAAGUAACGGAAUUGAAGAUGAUUCCAAGCAGGCUUCAUCAAAAUCAGGAAUCUAACAAUCGAUAUAAGGUUUUGUUAUCAGAUGGGAUUCACUUGCAAGCAGGAAUGCUUAAUACUACAUUGAACACUUUAGUGAUUCAAGGCAGUAUUCAAUUGGGUUCGAUUGUUAGAAUCACUCACUAUGUCUGCAGUCUCAUCCAGGGUCGAAGGAUUGUUAUAAUUAUGCAAUUGGAGGUUAUUGUGGCGAAAUGUGAUAUAAUUGGAACUCCUAAUGAACCUGGGCAACGCGGUGGAGCGGCGGUUCCUGUUAACACACAAAGCAAUGGUGGUUUUGACCAGCAACAAGCUAGAAGGAGUGAUGUCACUGGUGGGAGAUAUGGUGUAUCUGCUAAUUCACCUCAGCCUCAAGUUGGUGGUCUUAACAGUUCCGACCCUGGGAGAUAUGGUGUAUCGGCUAGUUUUGCUCAGCCUCAAGUUGGUGGUUCUAACAGUUCCGACGCUGUGAGAUAUGGUGUAUCGGCGGCUGCUUCACCUCAUCCUCAAGUUAGUCAAAGAUAUGGUACUGGUUCUGGUUAUCCGGAAACAUCACCUUCCACCAGACCGUAUGUGAGCUCAAAUGCAGGUUAUGGAGGGUCUAGGCAGGAGCAACCUCGGGCUCCUCCUGCAACAACUUCUUAUUCCCGUCCAGUUCAGUCAGCUUAUCAGCCACAACAACCACCGAUGUAUGUUAAUAGGGGACCUGUGGCUAGGAAUGAAGCUCCUCCGAGGAUAAUUCCGAUUGCUGCUCUUAAUCCUUACCAGGGUCGGUGGACCAUCAAGGUCAGAGUCUCGAGUAAGGCAGAAUUGAGGCGGUUUAAUAAUCCGCGUGGGGAAGGGAAAUUAUUCAGUUUUGAUCUCCUUGAUGCUGAUGGUGGAGAAAUACGGGUGACUUGUUUUAAUGAUGUGGUUGAUCAAUUUUUUGACCAGAUUGUAGUUGGAAAUGUUUAUCUGAUUUCAAGGGGAAAUUUGAAGCCUGCUCAGAAGAACUAUAAUCAUCUUCCCAAUGAUUAUGAAAUACAUUUGGACUCUGCAUCAACGAUACAGCGCUGUGAGGAUGAUGGUACCAUUCCACGCAAUCAGUUCCAUUUUCGUAGCAUAAGUGAUAUUGAAAACAUGGAGAGCAACAGCAUGACUGAUCUAAUUGGUAUUGUUUCGUCCAUCGGAACGACAGUACCAAUUAUGCGGAAAAACGGAACUGAGGUACAGAAAAGGGCACUUCAGUUAAAGGAUAUGUCAGGCCGAAGUGUCGAGGUAACCAUGUGGGGUAAUUUCUGCAACGCAGAAGGACAGCAAUUGCAAAAUCUUUGUGAUUCUGGGGUAUUUCCGGUUCUUGCUUUGAAAGCGGGCAGGAUCGGUGAAUUCAACGGGAAGCAAGUGAGCACCAUUGGAUCAAGUCAAUUCUUCGUAGAGCCAGAUUUCCCUGAAGCCAGAGAAUUAAGGCAAUGGUAUGAGAGAGAAGGAAGGAAUGCUCAUUUUACCUCCAUAUCUAGAGAGUUUUCCGGUGUAGGCAGACAAGAAGUUCGCAAGGUAAUUGCUCAGAUCAAGGACGAGAAGCUAGGGACCUCAGAGAAGCCGGACUGGAUCACAGUCUGUGCCACCAUUUCAUUCAUGAAGGUUGAGAAUUUCUGCUAUACGGCUUGUCCUAUCAUGAAUGGAGAUCGUCCAUGCAGCAAAAAAGUCACAAAUAACGGAGAUGGGACGUGGCGUUGUGAGAAGUGUGAUAAAUGCGUGGAUGAAUGUGACUACAGAUAUAUAUUGCAGAUCCAGUUACAGGACCAUACAGGCCUAACCUGGGCCACAGCAUUCCAGGAAGCUGGUGAAGAGAUAAUGGGAAUGUCUGCAAAAGAUUUGUAUUAUGUGAAGUAUGAAAAUCAGGAGGAGGAGAAAUUUGAAGAUAUCAUCCGCAGUGUCGCUUUUACCAAGUACAUUUUCAAGCUGAAGAUUAAAGAAGAAACUUAUAGCGACGAGCAACGGGUUAAAGCAACAGUUGUGAAAGCUGAAAAGCUGAACUAUGCUUCAAAUACCAGGUGCAUGCUAGAGGCAAUGGAUAAACUCAAGAUAGGAGAUGCAAAUUCUCUGCCUACAAAGACAGAGAGUUCCAACUACAGGUCUGAUGCAGUUAAUUCCGGUAUUGGAACCUCAGGAACUAGAGACACCGCAUCAGUGGAUGCACGAAGAGAAUUCGGAGUACCUGCAGCAAACCAAGUGGGUCAGUAUGGAAAUCAGUACAGUAGUGGUGCAAGGUCUCUUGGCGGUAUUACUAGCUGCAACGCAUGUGGCAGCAACAGCCAUGUUUCGGCAAACUGCCCAAGCCUUAUGAGUGAGCCACAAGGACAAUACAUGAAUGGCACACCGGGAAGAUACAAUGCAGGAGGAGGUAUGCCAAGGCAAAAUGUUGGCAGCUACUGAAAAACUUGAGGGACUAUUUCACAUCAUCAUUAUCAUCAGCAAUGGUCAGAGGCUGUUUUGACCGUUUUAAGUUUGCUUAUCUACUAGACUACUACAUUAGGAUGUUUCAGUUCCAUAUUUUGUCGGUCUUUAGUGUUUUUGUUUUUGUAUUAACUCUCUUUAUUAUUAGAUGAGGUCAAGUUUUCUGAUCAAAAUCUGAUUCAAGUAAACUACAUAGUAACUU